GGUAGAGAUGGCAUUAAUGGCUGAAUUAUUGCACCUUGUGAAUUAUUAUACACUAUUUCGCCUUCGGUGGUUUAGGAGAGAAAGAAUAUUUGUUAUAAAUUGUGAAAGAACAUAAACUCAAGAUAGCUUGGAAAAUAGUCCAUUUCGAGAGCUGACAAGAGUUAUAAUAAUAAUGCAGGUUUGCCGAUUCCUGUGGAAGAACCCAAAGUCUCUGUCGGUGUUGGCUGUCGUACUGCUUUUAGCUAUAGUGAUAUGUUCGACUUCCGUCAUGUCUCCUGGGUGGUGGCAAGAGAGUACCAUGACCCGCAAUUUAGUCUUUGUGUACGGUUCCCUCAAGCAAACCCAGCCUAAUCAUCACUGGCUGACGGACAAGGCCAACGGAGAGGCUCAUUAUCGAGGACUUGCUACAACCGAAGAAAAGUUUCCUCUUGUCGUCGCGUCUCGUUACAAUAUUCCCUAUGUACUUGCAUCCCCUGGGACGGGAAAGCAAAUAGAGGGUGAAGUAUAUGAAGUAGACGACCAAAUGAUGUCCAGGCUUGAUGUUUUGGAAGUACAUCCCAAGUAUUAUGAGAGAAAGAUGGUAAAAGCCAGCAUGCAGGAAUCUAAGGAGGCCAUUGACUGUUGGAUAUACCUGCUGUACCACUUCAAGCCAGAGUUAUUAGAGCUGCCUCACCUGUCCACCUACUUCUCGAAGGGGGACUUUGUGCCGAGAGAUAUGCGUGAUAUCAAAGGUCCUGAAUACUGGAGUGAUGUAAAACUUCCGGAGGGUUUGUGAGCAAGGAAUAUUAGGCAGAAUCAGUCAUGUGUGAUAGAAAUAUCAGGCAAUUUCCUAUCAAUAUUCCAUUUAUUGUUUUUGUCUUUCAGGGAUACUUAUGAAUUCAUGUAUAUACUGUAUAUGUAUAGUGUUAUUACAAGGUGAUAUAGAAUGCUCACUUAAAGAAUAGCCAUUACUUUGUAUUUAUAUGAAAGUGCAAUGAUUUUAUUUAACAAGUCUCCUUGCAUAAGUUAUGAAUGUUAAAAUACCUAACUUUGAACUCCAUUAAGAAAACAGUUUUGUGAUUCCUCUUAGAUUUUGGCUAGUUUUUUGAACUACAGAUUUUAUCCCAAAUUUUAAAAAGGACAAACAGUGAAUUAAGCUGAGGAAGAAAGUAUAUCAAUAUUAUUUGGUACUAAUCAGCAUUUUAGGUUUGCAUGUACUGUGCAAUGCUCACUUUGGAUGCUAGAAAUUGUUAUUCAUUAUGGUUGUUAAUUAUAAUCUAAAGAGAGUGAAUAUAAGUGAAAGGUUGAAUGAGAGUUUGAUUGUAAGGUGGAGAGUGAGAAGUGAGUGUGAGUGUGAGUGUGAGUGUGAGUGUGAGUGUGAGUGUAUGGUAGGGUCAUAAGGAUAAAGGAAGAAAUUAAGAUAGGCUGGCAUGGAUUCAGUUAUUCAUUGAGGGAUCAAGUCAGUCAGUCAAUUGGUCUGUCAGUCUGUGAGUCAGUUGAGCAGCUGGUUGGUGAGUCAGUGAGUUAGGGGUGAGUAAGUGGGCAUGUGAAUCAGUUAGUUGAUUGGUUGCAAGCAGAAAGGAAAGUAGGGAGGAAGAAACAUAGGAAGGAAAGACAGGUCAAAUAGACUUCAAUCAAACAGUAUCACAGAGGAAAAAAUAUAUAUAUAUAAUAUAAUUGAUUAUAAAAAAAGGACAAGUGCAGAGUGAGAUUGUCUGGUUAAAAGUAAAUAUUAAUAAAAUAUUUGAUUAGGAAAUAGUGAGAAUAAAAGGAAUGGAGCAGAUUCUUAGGAAAUCAUAACUCCCAAUUUUAUUUUUUAAGAUCUCAAUACCUGACAAGACAGUGCGCAGUGAAGGAGAAGAGGUGAAUAGUUCCUGAAAACUUUUUUUUUUCUCGAGUCAUUUAACCUAAGCAUGUGUAGGAUUUUCAUUUAUGUUUCUCAUAUCUGCAGCUAGUACUGUAUGUUAGUUGCCUCAGACUACAGUAAACGUUGAAUGUUGCAGUUAUUCAGGUAAGGCAAUCAAAUAUUUGAUGGGGUAUACUUUUGUGUUAGGAAUUAUAAAUAAGUAUGAUUUAUAUUUAUAGUUUAGCAGAAGUAUAUUUCAAACAUUCCCUUUAGUUAGCAUCAAAGUCUUUUGCAAAAGUUGAGUAAAUAUUGAAGAUGCAUAUAUUAAGAAUGAAUAAAGUAUACUUAAAGUUCAGUAAUUGCAAAUGCAGAAGAGUAGUGGACAGAGGGAAUGCAGAUGAGGCUGUAGUGGCUGAGUGGUUAGAGUGAAGGACUCAAAUACUCAUGAAUAGUCACCGGCCAGCACAUUGUUUCCUGGGCAGGGAACUUCUCCUCAACUUGAAACAGGUAAACCCCCAACAACAAGUGCAACUUAAUGCCAGCCCCAAGCCCAGAUAAAAUAGGGAGGUUUGCAGCAGGAUGACAUUCAGCGUAAAAUAAGCCAAGACUAUGAUGCAGAGCACUCUACUCUGGCAAUCCCUUAGGGGAGAAACUGAAAGGAGAAGUGAACAGAAGGAAUGCACUUAGUAGAGAUGACAUUUAUUUUGGCCAAAAAAGAGAAGAUGAAUAAUACUCAGUCGAAGUUCCAAAUCCCAAAGUUUACUAAGAGAUAAUUAUCUGAAAAAAAUCUGAAACUUUAGGAAUAGAAAUAAUUUUAUUUCAGUUUGGUCUUCCUUUAUAAUACCUCUUUUUCUUUUUCCCUUUUUGAGGUCAUAAAGCAAGGCAUUAUUACUGGUAUUUUAUUUCUAGUACAAAAGAACAUAUAGACCAUAUGAGGAAUAAGAACACAAUAGUUCCUAUUGUAUACUCUGCCCUGUUCUGACAGCAGGGAAAGAAUCUGUAAUUAAGAUAUUGUUAGAUGUGGUCAUUAUCAAGAGUGUAAGUCCAUCGCAAAUGAUAAUGAUGCGAAACUUUCUUUUGUAUAUCCGUUUGCAGUGUUACAUAGUGUUUUAUUUAAUGUCUAUUGUGAAUACUACAAACUCUUUAAUUUACUCAUUGUUUUGUAUAUUUAAAAUGUUACUUUUACAACUUGAUGGAUUUCAUCUAAUUUUGUAACAAUUUUAUUGAUUUUGAUAUUGUUGGAUAUAUUUUAUAUAUUUUUUUUGUGGUUUGUAGUUCAGACUUUUUCUUCUUCUUUAUUUUCAUUCUUAUAACCUCAGUAUUCUCAUUAUGAUAAUCUUGAUACUUCUGAAAUUGUUUAGAAGUAAUCUAAACUUCUGGUUUAUACAAAGAAGAGAAAUGGGAUAAGAAACAAAACAGAUUCAUUUUAUGCCAUGUAUCAAGUUUUAGUUGGAUUAAAUAAAAAAAAAAAUGCAAGGCAGGUUGAACUGCAUCAAGUUACUUUUAAGUUAAUUUACUGUAUUAAAUAUUUAUCAUUUUUA